AUGGACUACCAGAAGCAGAUGCUGCAGCUCCACCUUCGCGCAAACCCCAAGGAGGUCCUCCUCGGCUGGUACGCCACCUCUUCCGACCUCAACACCUUCUCCGCCCUCAUCCAGAACUUCUACGGCCAGCAAGGCGACGGCACCUGGCCCCACCCCGCCAUCCACUUGACCGUCUCCACCGUGCCCGGAAAGGACAUCGAGGCCAAGACCUACAUCUCUGCCCCCGUCGGAGUCACCGCCGAGCGCGCUGCCGACAGCUGCUUGUUCAUCCCCGUUCCCCACGAGAUCAAGUAUGGAGAGGCUGAGCGCAGCGGUCUCGAGCUGGUAGCAGGAGCAAAGGACAGAGAAGACCGUUCGCAGAUGCUGCAGACCGACAUUGAGUCACUGGAGCGCGCCAUCGAGCAGGUUCUCGAGAUGAUUGAGCGUGUCUCCAACUACGUGAGCGAGGUCUUGGACGAGGAGGCCGAGCCAAGCUCUGCUUUGGGUCAAUUCCUCAUGAACACUCUGUCUCUGGCCCCCAAGGUCGAUGCACAGGACAUCGAGCGCGACUUCAACAACCACAUCCAGGAUGUUCUUCUCGUCUCCUACCUUGCCAACACCAUCCGCACACAAAUCGACCUGUCAAACCGUCUCGCUACUGCUGCUCUUACCAUGGGCACUGAGACAAGCACCACCCAAGAGUCCGGCCAGAAGGGCAACCAGAACCAAAAACGCGGCAACAACAACAAUAACAACAACCAGGACCGCCGCCAGCAAAACCGCUCCACCACCGAGGCCUAA